AUGCUGCUCAUUUCCUGGUUUACGGGUCCGUGGUUUAAUUCCUCUAUUCUCUCCCUGGGAUUCACUAUUGCUCGCGCUUUUCCAGCUCCUCGCCCACCAGGCUACCCGUGUGUUCGAGAGUUACUGGAACCCAAGACAGAAUUCUUGACAAACACAUAUAUACGUCCUAAGGAUGAACCUGCCACGUGGUUUUGCACACUAUGCGAAAUUCCUAGCCAAAGCUGUGAUGAUUUCGUCAACCAUCUCAAGAGCACAUUUCAUUCACAACAACUCGUCUAUUCCAACCUGGUGUUUGUAGACGAGAACAAUCGUUGUUUCCAUUUUUCCCGUUUCUCUCCUCCUCAUCCUGUCUUGUGGGAUAACUCUAUGACCAUCCCCUGGAUCAAGGGAGAUCUUAUGUACUGUCUCUCUGACCCCGCAUUCAACCGCAUAUUAUAUAUGGGAUCAAAUGCACCACGACGUCGGUAG